AUGAGAAUUAUCCAAAAUUAUGUGCGCGACUUGCUUUCUUCAGCAAUAGCAAAGUGCUCAACCGCUGAAAUCGUCCAGGAGUUUGCCAAACAUCCCAACGUAUCAGUGGCCAAGCCAAAAUUUGGCGACUACCAGUGGAAUGAUGCUCUAUCGUUGUUCAAGCUGGCCAAAGACUCUCUCACCGUAGGAAGUCCAAAGGAACUCGCAGAGCUUGUCAAGGAGAACAUUGAAAAAACUGCCUUCUCCUCAGUAAACGUCUCCCCUCAAGGGUUCCUAACCUUUGUAUUUUCCAAGGAAUGGAUUGAGGAGGAAAUUAAAAGUUUGGCCAUCAAUGGAGUCAAGCCAUCAAAACUCUUGAAUGGAGUUAAGGUUGGCAUCGACUUUUCUUCUCCAAACAUAGCCAAGGAGAUGCACGUUGGACAUUUACGUUCGACCAUCAUAGGAGACUCCAUAGCUCGCAUAUUGGAGUUUCAUGGAUACGAGGUCUUUAGAAUUAACCAUCUUGGUGAUUGGGGAACCCAGUUUGGAAUGCUCAUCGAGUACAUGUAUGAGAAAUACCCUGACUUUUUGACAUCAAUGCCGAGCAUCAGCGAUUUGACAAAGUUUUACAAGGAAGCAAAGCUCAGAAUGGACACUGAUGAAGAGUUCAAAAAAAAGAGUCGUAGCCGCGUUGUUAAACUACAAUCUGGAGACAAGGAUUCCCGAAUGGUCUGGAAGGUCAUCUGUGACCUAAGUAUGGAGGCAUUCAACGAAAUAUACAAACGACUUGACAUCAAAUUCGAAGUGUACGGUGAAUCAUUCUAUAAUGACUUUAUACCUGACGUUGUAAAGGAACUCAAAGAGAAGGGUAUAGCUGAGGAUUCUCAGGGUGCUAUUGUCGUAUUCACCGAUGUCAGUCCUGCCCCUCUUAUGCUUGUCAAGAGUGAUGGUGGUUAUGGAUAUGACACUACUGAUAUGGCAUGCAUUCGCUAUAGGAUUCAGGAACUUAAAUGUGACUGGGUCAUCUAUGUCACCGAUGUUGGACAAGCUGAACAUUUCGCAAAGAUUUUCAAGGCAGCAAGAGAUGCUGGCUGGGCUGAUCAUGAAAAUAAGAGGGUAAGACUCGAUCACGUUGGUUUUGGAAUGAUCCUCAAUGACUUUGGAGAAAAGUUCAAGACACGCUCCGGAGAAACAGUAAAACUCGUUGACUUACUUGAUGUAGCUGUUGAAAGGGCUAGCGCUGAACUAGAAAAGAGACUUCAAAACCAAACAGAGGAUGAUUUAGACGCUCAAUCUGAUCUAAAGGGUGUAUCUGAAACGCUAGGAUACGGUGCAGUAAAGUAUUAUGAUCUUAAUCGCUCCAUUUUGAGCAAUUACAAGUUCUCAUUCGACUCCAUGCUUGACCCAAGGGGAAAUACUGCCGUAUAUUUACUGUACGCAUACGCGCGUAUUUGUGCGAUUUUCAGAAAAUCUGGAAUUAACUUUGAGGAAUUGGACAUUAGUGCACUGUCUGUUAGCCACACAACUGAAAUUGCACUCGCAAAGUGUAUCCUAAAGUUCCCGGCCGUUCUAGACACAAUUUUGAAAGACCUAGCCGUCAACAGGCUAACCGAGUAUCUUUAUGACAUUAGCUGUCAAUUUUCUGCCUUUUAUACACAAUGUAAAGUCGUCGGAGACAGUGAGCAAAACUCCAGGCUCAUUCUGUGCCACUGCACAAGGAUGAUUAUGAAGACUUGCUUCAAUCUCAUUGGAAUAAAGCCACUUGAGCGUAUUUAG